GUGUAUUUUAUAUUGGAGAUUACCGGAGUGCUUGGAGCCCUGAAACAACGCUGCGUGGGAUGGAUGUUCGGUGCUGGCGCUGGUUCGGCCCUGCUGAUGAGGAUGGAGUUCCCUGUGGACGUGUUGGGAUCAGUGAGACAUGAGGAGGAGGAGCAGGCAGCAGAGGGCUACAUGACCCAGCUACGAUACAUCAUCCCCGACAAGGCCGAGAGCUUUACCCUGCCCAGCCACAGAAUGAUCUGUAUCAGUCUGUGUAACGUUGGUUUUGUUCCCAUCUAUGGAGGAGACCUGAAGCAUAAGAUUCUGGCCCUGUUCGCCCCAGAGGACCAGCUCACAGCGGUAGCUUUGUUUCUGGCGGGUCAGUGGUGGUCUGUCGAGGACAUCCUCAGAACCUCCGACCCCUCCAGAACUGGCCUCCUCAAGGUGAGGAGUCUUGGUGAGCGGAUCGUCCUCUACAUUCUGAACCGUAUUGUGUACCGCGUGGGUGAGAUAGACAAACCUGAGGUGCCCUUCCUGUGCCACGGACAGAACCACUUCGCCAAGCUCCUUUGGAAGGAUGGACACGCUGUCGGUUUCUACUCUGUCAAACCCAAAGACAGCUUGUGUAAUGGCUUUGUGACCCAACGCUACCAGUUGCCUGUUAUGGACUCCAUCUUUGUCAGGAAGUGUCAUCGUGGAAACAGUCAUGGUCUGCAGAUGCUGGAGGACUUUGUGGACUCUUUCAAAGAUGACCAGCUCGGCCUGAAGUACCCUCUCUCUCUAACCAUGUAUAAAGUGUGUGGCCAUUAUCUGUGUCGGUACCCAGCUGACCAGGACCUGCUGUGGGUGGUAGAGGGAGUGGGCGGACCCUACCAGAGAGAGAGUGGCCAACAAGAUCAAAACACUGAAUGGUACGGACACAUGGUGCUUCCCGUGGUGACGGCUAAUGGAGAUCACCAAGCAGCCUCUCUGGACAGCACAGACAUCAACAUGGAAGAGGGCUCAGACAACUGUCUGGACAUCACCGAGGUGCUGAAUAAGCCCCUCAAGUUAAUAGAAGCCCUGGAGGGCACACCAGUGUCAACACAUACCUGGAGUAGUGGACCUAAAAAGCGUGGCAGAGAAGAGAUGGAAGACUCUGAGGAGAUCCAGCCUCUGAAGAUGAACAGGGAGAGGAGGAGGAGGAGGAAGGAAGCGGGGGGUGAGACAGAGACUGGAGAAGCAGAGGCUGCUCUGUCCCCUAUAGAGGAAGCCAAAACUCAGGAGGCUGAGGUCAAAGGAGAACUGACUGAUGACCAGGGAAACGAGGAAGAGGUUGCCACACAGGAGCCUGAUGCUGUGCUGGAGAACAGAACGACAGAGGAAGAUGUGGAUACGAAGGUGGAAGAUUCCAUUGAGGCUAAAGACACCGUAGAUGCAGCUCCUGUGGCAUCAGAGGAAUUGGCUGAGACGGAAACUGUGGUGGAGAAGGAGGCUCCUCUCCUGUUAGAAGAACCAGCUUCUGCUACAGAGAAGUCCACUCCGCCUGCAGAGCCAGCCCCAGCAGAGCCCUGCCUCUCUGGGGAGGUGAUUGAGGAGGCAGGCGAACCUCCAGAGGAGGCCGCAGCUACACCCAUGGAAGGAGAGGAGGUAGAGGGAGAAAAGGAGGGGGCGGAGAAAGCAGUGAAGGAAGAGGAGAAAUCCAUGGAGGCGGCCAUCACAGUGGACAGCAGUAGGCAGGAAACAGUGGUCCAGGUAGGGGUAGCAGACCUAUCCUACCAGCCUCCGGAGGAAGGAGAGAACCAGCCUCUCACAGAGGAAGAAGGAGAGGAGGAGGCAAGAGAAGAGGUCAAAGGGGACAAAAAGAAAGAGGUAGAAGAGAUGGAGAACGUUACAACCACAGAGGAUGAGAAAGAGGAGGGAGAGAGUGAGAGCUCAGACGAGGGUGGCGACAGUAAGGUCCUUUGGAGGAGAGGCAGUGGCCAAGCGCCGGUGCCUAAACAUACAUCUAAGAGACUGAGCAGAGUGCUCAUGGAGCCCGAGGAGCAGGGCACAGAGCAGCCGGAGGUCAUGGAGGAAGAGGAGGAGGAGGAAGCUAGAACGACAGAGGAGGAAGAGGGGGCUGUAAAGAAGAGCUUGGCUGAGGAAGAGGUGGAGGAAGAGGAGCAUCCACCAGUGAUUGACCAGAGAGCAUUGAGGAGGAAGAGCCGACAGGUCCAGGCUCCAAAGAAAGCCAAAGGGAAACGACGCAGCAAGAUCUAAACACAGCAGACGUUGCAUAUAUAAAAACGCACACAAAACACAUGUUUAGAGGUGUGCAGUAAGGGAUGUUUUCUACCUGGUUUUAGGGUUUGUAAGGCAUCUAAAGUUAACAUGUAUUAUCUCUGUACGAUGUUUAGAUUUUUACUUUAGGUCGUUUUAUGAAAUGUUUAAGUACAUGAAUACUCAAUACUCUGUUGCAAUAAGUCAAUGUGAAGUCUUUUUAAGGUUCAGAAUUGAUUUUAUUCUUGUUUUUAUUGCCUUGUUCUUUCGGUACUGACUGAGAUUGAGUUUCACAGGCCUGAUGUGGUAGUUUGAAGAUGAUUUUCAUUCUCUAGCUCAGUUUUAAAAAAUUCCAAUAGCCUCGUCCUACACUGAGUCUGUGGUUGUUACAUUUAUACUAUUUACAGUAUUUAAAUAGUUUGGGUUGAAAUGCACCUCCUUAGUUUGUUGGAGGAGUUAUUUGAUAAAAAAUAAUAAUUAAAGUUCUGUUCCAAUGAAAGCCAGCCGACCCAGUUGCUCUUGAAGACCAGGUUUUGCUACACCCCCUGUUUUAUGACCAGUCACUUGUAUUAAGGAAUGAAAUGUUCUAAAAAUACCUGGGGUUUUCUCCAUGUUGUCUUAUCUCUUCA